AUGUAUGUGAAAUGGUUUGAUACAGGAAUGUUAUACUAUGUGAUUUUAGUGAUUUUAGUGAAUGCCACUUUUUGUCAUUUUCAAAUUUCCGCUGUACCGUCCCCCGUACGUCCCGACGUUGCAGGGGACGGAACCCAGAAGACAGAUGCUGGCAUCCGCCGGAUUACAUUGCCGGGGACACUACAGGAGGGACAUAGCGGGAGCGCAGGACAAGGUAAGAGAAGAACAGAUCCUGGAGCAGCACCGCAUGGUAAGCCCGAGUGUAGCUCGGGGUUACCGCUUGUGGUACUGAAACUUUACCCCGAGCUACACUCGGGAAUACCGCCAGGGAGGCUACAUGACCAUGAUGGGGUUGAUUUACUAAAACCGAAGAGUGCAAAAUCUGGUGCAACUUUACAUAGAAACCAAUCAGCUUCCAGGUUCUAUUGUCAAAGUGUAACUGAACAAGGUGAGCUUAGAAGCUGAUUGGCUACCAU